UGCACAGACAUUGUUAGAAACUCCAAGAAGCAUCAUUAAUCAGAGAAUUUGAAGGCGGUGGACAAUACCACGGUAUUCUCUCUGGUCUGAAAAGCAUACUGUCGACAAAUAUUUUGAAAAGAAUGUCUGACACAAUUGAAAUUGAUGUGUUUUUUGAUGGGUUCUCGCCAUAUAAUAGUAUACGGCGAAUUUUGUGGCCAAUUGCUGGCUGCAUAGUUGAUAAUAAAGAGGUUUUUAUCAUAGCCAUAUGGUGUGGAGAAUCUAAAUGUCCACCAAAUCUUGACGCUUAUUUAGAAGACUUUGUCAAUGAAGUUUUAGAAUUGAAAAAUGGUUUUAAUAUUGAAAAUAGACAUUACAAAUUAAAAAUAAGAAAUAUAAUUGCUGAUGCGCCUGCCAGAGCAUGGCUGAAAUGUGUCAACCAACAUGGAAGUAAAUUUGCUUGUGAAAGGUGUACUGUUGCAGGAGAAUGGUUUGGCAACCGUAUGACAUACCCUUCUCAUGAGGAAGCACCUUUACGAACAAACGAAUCUAUUUGUCAACAAAUUCACAAAGAAUACCAUAAGGGAGUUAGUCCUCUGAUUGCAAGACUUCAACUUGAACCCAUAACUUAAUUUCCCUUGGAAUCUUUCAACUUAUUAUACUUCGGAAUUAUGAAGCGUAUUCUGUCAAAGUUAUAUUGUGGUAAAAGUAGUAAAUAUAAGUUGCCUCGCGAUGUUAUUUUACAAAUAGAUAAUUUUUCUCUUUAUCUACGAUCUUUUUUUUCAUCCGAUUUCGCUAGAAGACCGCGUAGAUUGAGCGAUUGGAAAUAUUUCAAAGGUACGGAAUUUAGAAGGAUUUUAUUAUAUGAUGGUUUCUUAAUUUUUAAAUUAAUGCAUCGAGAAGUAUAUAAAAAUUUUCUUUUAUUUGCUAGUGCUGUUCGAAUUUUAGUUGACCCUCUAUUAGUUAAAGAUUAUAUCGUUGAUGCUGACAAAUUACUUCGGUUGUUUGUAGAACACAGUUGUAAAAUUUAUGGCCAAACUUUUGUCGUAUAUAACGUCCAUCAUUUAAUACACCUUGCUGCGGAUUGUCUGUUACAUGGACAUCUAGAAGAAUUUAGUGCUUUUAAAUUUGAAAUUUUUUUGGGAUGUAUGAAAAACUAUUUGCAUGCACCAGGGAAGACACUUCCUCAAAUAGUUUGUCGUGUGAUGGAAAAAGCAGCCAUGCUUCAUCAUUUCUCUGCUACAAAAAAUGAAUUAUUAUUUGAAAAGCAUCAUAAUACAGGGCCAACUUUAAACUGUCAAGGACAACAAUAUAAGAAAGUUCGAAUGUUAAAUACAUUUUUUCAUGUACAGUCUGCUGAUGCAUAUUGCCUUACAAAACCCAAUGAGGUGCUUAAGAUUGAAAAAAUUAUAAAAUGUACGGAAAGAAAUUAUUUAAUUGGCAGAAAAUUUGAAGAAAAAUCUAAUCUCUUUUCGUAUCCAUUUUCAUCAAGUCUUAUAAACAUAUAUAUAGUUAGCACUCUUGGACUUUUACACAGGUGGUGCUUAGAUGAUGUUAAAAGGAAAAUUGUAUUAUUACCCUUCCCUGAAAAGAAUGCGGAAGAUAAUACAAUUAUAUCAAAAAGCGUCUGUUUUCCAAUGCCCCAUUCUGAAAUAUUGUUUUAGUAUAGUAUCGAAUUGAAUGUUUGUGUGUAAAGAAAACCAUGUAACAUAUAAAUCAAAUAUAAUAAAUAUAAAAUUAUUUUAAUAUUGUUUUAUUCUAUAAUUAUUAUAAUCUAUAUCACUGUUUCUUUCUUCUAUAGAAUAAAAUUGUUUUUUACAAUACAAAAUUAUCUUAUCUGUAAUAUAUAUGGAGAUCCAAAUAUUCGUAUAUUUCAUUACCUCUCAAAAGUGACAUUGCGAUUAACAAUAUGCCUUGAUUGAUUAAUUUUAUACAGGGUUUUUAAAGUUCCAGAGCAAUCACAUACUUAUAGAUUAUAUCAUU